AUGGAUUCCGAACUUGAGGAUUUGGAAACUCCGCCCCGCUAUAGGCCCGACAGUCUCGAAGCCUUAUGUAGAGCAACUCGCUUUACAGAAGCCGAAAUUAAGAGAAUUUAUCGUGGAUUCAAGGCUGAAUGCCCUACCGGAGUCGUCAAGGAAGACACUUUUAAGAUGAUUUAUGCCCAGUUCUUCCCACAAGGGGAAGAUAAAAUACUAGGAACAUGGCUGGGUGAUUUGUGUAGACUUGAAAAUGAUAAACUUUUUUUGGACAGCAAAGCGGCUACAAAAAAUAUCCUUGCUUCUUGUGCUUCUGGGUUGUUAGGGACCGAAAAAACCACUGGGUUAAAAAAGAGUGACCUAAGAGAAAAAACUAGCUAA